CCUGAGAACAACACGAUGCCCAGCGUGACUCUGAGUUUCUCCUGUGCGGUGGGAGGGACUUUAGAGCCGCUCUCGACAGAUGCGCGUCAGUCGUCUGCAGGACGUCAGCGUGAGAAGAUGAAGUUUGUGCUGAGCAGCCUGCUGCUCGCCUGCCUCUGCACCCCCUCGUCCUGGAGUGUUUCAUCAGGAACGCAUCGUUACACUUCUCAUUUAUCUGUCAUGGAGGGCGACAAAGCCAACGUCAGCUGUUGCUUGAUGAAGGAAAGUUUACAUCCUGUAAGCAAGGCGAGAGUAAACUGGUUGAAAAAUGACGUAGAGAUUAAGAGCAAGAUGAAUCUGUCUGUGAACAUUGAGCCUAGCAACUGUGUGACACUGACCUUAUCAAACAUCACAAGAGAAGAUUCAGGAAGAUACGGCUGCAAAGUAACUGUGGAGAUACCAUUUUACGAAGUAUUCUAUGGAAAUGGAACAGUCGUCUCUGUUACAGACAUAAAGAAUGAAACAGCAGAAGGUCGGUCUGAGGAGCCUCCUGGGCAUUCCUACACAGUAACUGCUGUGGCUGUAGUGGUCCCACUGUUCAUCCUCACCCUCAUCUGCUUCUGCAUUCUGAGAUGGAAACAAGGCUCAGCAGAAGCCGCCAGAGUGCUCUACGAGGUUCCUCACAUGGACUCGGAGGUGGCAGACUCGGACAAGCACAGCACCAGCUCCUCCAGGGGCUCCUCUCAGUGGUGCCAGGUGAUGGUCUAUGAAUCCUUGGACUACUUUGAGCAUACGCCGACCAAAGGCUGAGGAGCAACUCAAUGGAAGGUUUCACCUGCUGCAUGUAUAUAAUGUUCAUACAUUUACUUUUGAUGCCUAUGUUUACAUUUUAUGAAUAGGUGGAUUUCUUAUUGAUUAUACAUAUAUAUGCUAUCAAAGCAUACCGAUGUAAAUUAUUUCAUACUUUUUUGUUUGUUUUAUAUUUUCCAUGUUUUGACGUUUUUGUGGUCUGAUUUUGUGUGUGUGUGUGUGUGUGUGUGUGUAUAUCUGUGUAUUUUAUAAUAAAAUAAACAGUGAAUGGUU